GAACAGCAGCAUGGCUUCAUGAUUGCGAAGGUAAACAACUUGAAACAUAAAUUUCCCCCAUUUGGGAAGAUUAUAAAGUGUUGUUUUUUUGUUACUAGCCGCUGUAUGUACUCUUUAUUCGGAUACACAUUUGUAUGUGACGCAUCGUUUACUGUGUUUGUUUACAUCUAACCUAAAACCUCACUUCUCUAUUAAAACGUGGCUGUUAAACUUGGCAAAUGCUCCCCGACGUUUAAAGAAGUGCGACCACAAUGUCUAAAAUUAAAGGAAAGGAAGCAACUUCUGGUAAAAAGCAACAGCUGACGUCUAAAGAAAAAAGGAAGCAGUUUCAUAUAAAGCAUAACCGUAAAAAACAAACUUCCCAAAAGACUCUCAGCAAGAAAAAACAAGAAAAUCCUGGAGCUCAGCAGACUGCACCACCACAGGAUCCCCAACAGUUUUCUUCCAACUGGAAAGCAUUACAAGAGAUCUUAAAGAGCAGUCAACCAGAGAAGAAGCAGCCCGUUGCACCAAAACAACAGAAUGGUGUGUUCUCCAAGAAGUUCAAAGGAAAUGAGUCUAAAAAGUUUCCAGAGAAGAGUCCUGCUCCCAACCAGGUCCACACAAACAAUGGAGAUACUCCUCAGGAGGAUGGAGUGAAGGUAGAGGCCUUAGAUAAGCACCAACCUGGCGGUACGAAGAAAAGGCAAAACGAAAAGCCGGACAGAGAGAAACCAGCCAAGAAAAAGAAGCCUGUCACUGAAGAGAGGAAACCCACGGAGGAGGACCUCUGGUUUGACGAUGUCGACCCUGACGAUAUUGAGGAAACGAUGGGAGCGGAGGCUGCAGAGAUCAUGAGGAGGAAACAGGGCAUGAAAACCAGCAGGGAGGCAGAGAGUGUCCUGGUAAAAGAGAACGCCUUCGAUGGCAUCACCAAGGUUGUAGCUAUCGAUUGUGAGAUGGUGGGAGUCGGUCCUGAUGGGGAGGACAGCAUCCUGGCUCGCGUGUCCCUCGUCAACCAGUUUGGAAAAUGCAUCUAUGACAAAUUCGUCAAACCCACAGAGAGGGUGACGGACUACAGAACAGCUGUCAGUGGAAUCCGACCGGAAGACAUUAAAAACGGAGAGGAUGUCCAUGUUGUGCAGAAGGAGGUCGCCGACAUUCUGCAAGGAAGGAUUGUGGUCGGACAUGCGAUCCACAAUGACUUAAAGAUUCUCCUCUUGGAUCAUCCAAAGAAGCACAUCCGGGACACUCAGAAGUAUAAACCCUUUCGGAAGACUGUCGGGAGCGGCCGACCUUCGUUGAAACUCCUCUGCAAAGAAAUCCUGAAUGUGAAGGUGCAGCAGGGAGAACACUCUUCUGUCCAGGAUGCUCAGGCCACCAUGAGGUUGUACACUUUGGUGAAAAAACAGUGGGAAGCAGAGCUGAAAGCAAGCAAGAAAAACAGUGACUCUAAUGCGAAGAAUGAGAGGAAACCCAUCAAGAAACGAGACCAGAAAACACAAAAAACAAAAUAAGAGGACUAAUAGAUGUGAAAUCAAAUAUAGAGAAUAAAACAUAUCUUUCAUAAAAUACACAUUUUUUUUCCAAAAAAAGUAUAAAUGAAAAAAGAGGACAAAAUAAAUCAUAAAUAGCCUAAUUUUGAUGAAUUUAUUUGUUUUAAGCACAACGCUGCUCAUCUAACCUGUUAGAAACACGGUUUGAACAUUUAGAUUGAAUUGAAAUUACAUUUUUUGUCCAGAAAAACAUCUUAAACAAAAGAAAAAAGAUAGUAUUCCUUAAAGGUUUGAUCUUAUGGUCACUUGAGUUUCAACAGGAGGUUUGGUGUGUCUGAACACUCAUCUCAUGGAAGGACAUAUUUCUGUUGAGACAUUUCCCAAAAGUGAAAUUAUGUUAUUUUUUCCAGAAUUUAUUUUUACCUUUAACAGAUCCCUUCAGAAUAUAUAACUCUGUAUGUUUGAGUGUAACAACUAUUAAUGUGUUUUUCUUGUGUUUUUUUUUUAAUAAAUUGUGAAAUAAUGA